AUGAGUACAUCGGCCGCGCUCGGGCUGGACAAUGACCGCAGUAGUGGGCAGGACGGCGUGGUGCUGUUUGGCGCAGUGGGCCGCGAUCACUUCGGCCACACCCUCGUGAGCAUCGCCAACCAACAGUCGGCCGUCGAUACCACAGGUGUGGUGGUGUUGGAGUCGGCGCCGACGGCAGUGUGCAUGUGCCUCAGCGGCAAGGAGGAUCGGGCGUUUGUAAGCACCUAUGGUGCCACAGCGGCCGUGACAUUCGCCGACCUCGACCUCCCGCUCCUACGGUUCCUCGAUCUUCUGCGAGAGCUCAGGGACCGAGGGAUCACGCUGUCGCUCGACACGGGCUUCGAUCCGGCCAACCAGUGGAAGGACGGCAUACACGACGUCAUACGCCUGAUGGACCUGUUCUUCCCCAACGAGACAGAGGCGAUGGCGAUCUCUGGGAGGGGCAGCGUACAUGAGGCGCUGGAGGAGCUGACGAGGGACAACGACGCGCUCGUGGUCAUCACCACGGGGCCACAGGGCGCCAUCGCCAAGAGAGGCCGGCAGGUGUGGACCCACGCUGCCUUCGACGUACCCAUCAAGGACACCACAGGAGCCGGCGACUGCUUCACGGGCUCCUUCUUGGCGCAGUAUCUGCAGGACCGGGACGUCGACAAGUCCCUGGCACUGGCGUCCGCCGCCGGCGCGCUGGCCGUGGGUCGGGAGGGCGUGCCUCCGCACCCCAAGCGCGCCGAACUAGUCUCGCUCGCCGGCAGCCACGCGCUCAAGGCGCUCAGCGCGGCCAGCGACUGCUCGUGA